GUACGGCAGUACGAGCAUCACAACGACAGCAUGCUCUCCCGUCACACAACCAUGGGGCUUCUACUCUUGCGGGCGACGAGCACGCUAGCAUGGGUACCGGCGCAAAGAUCAGGCAGGUUCGCUGCCGCUUGCUACAGGCGAUAUCCCAGCAACGCCUCUCAACCUGCUUCGGCGAUUGGCCUCUCGUCUCCAAGCAGCAGCAGCAGCAGCAGCAGCAGCAGCAGCAGCAGCAGCAGCAGUGUUAGCCUUCGAACAUUUGCAACAACGACGCCAACAUCAGUAGGAGCUGGAGUCGGCCAAGACAGAGAUAAGCAGAGAUCUAGCGAAGAUGACGGGAGUAACGAGCAGCAGCCGCGGAAAGUGACGACAACAGCAGUCGUUGACGGGCAGGAGAGGCAGCAGGGCAGCGGCGUCGAAGUCCAGCCUCUGCUUCAGCGGCAUAUGGAGAAGCUUGGGUCACCGGAUCGACGAAAGGUGAAGACCCGGCAACACGUUAACCCGCUCGCAGCCACGUUCCAGGCGCCUGUCGUCUUGCCGGAGCGGUGGUUUCAGGCGGCCUUCCGGGAUCCAACCGCGCCCUUGCUAGUGGACAUCGGAUGCGCGAAGGGUUCCUUUGUGAGGGCAAUGGCCACGGAGCACCCGGAGCGGAACUACUUGGGACUGGAAAUCCGACGCCCUACGGCGGCGUUGGCCUUGGAGAGAGCGGCGAGGCUUGGGACGCGCAACUGCCACGUUGUUUGCUGCAACGCAAACGUAGAUCUGGACGCCGUGCUAACGGAAGCGGCACAACACGGGGCCUCGAUCGACACCGUCUGCAUUCAGUUUCCGGACCCGCACUUCAAGACCAAGCACUACAAGCGGCGAGUUUUGCAGCCGGAGCUUGUGACGUGCAUUGAGAAGCACCUUGAACCCGGGGGGACUUUGUUCAUGCAGUCCGACGUUCUCGAAGUGGUGGAGGAUAUGCGGGUUAUCGCGAGGGAGACGGCCCGGGUGCUCGAGGACACACGACCGGACAUGGAAGACUGGAUGGAAGGCCCGGAUAAGAACCCGUUCGGGGUUCAGACGGAGCGGGAGAAGGUCACCUACGAGAAGGAGUCGGCGGAAGAGAACAGGGUCUACCGAUGUGUCUUCGUCAAGAAGGCGGCGUGAAUUUCCCCGCUUAGCCGAACAAAUUUCAUUCGGUAGCGAUGUAUUUUUUUUUUCUCCCAUUGCUGCCCCAAGAGUUAGGACCGUCGGCGCAUGAGUAGGGUCGAGCGAGGGAAGCUUGCUACCGCAGUUGCUUGUGCAGUACCUUGCUUGGGCUGGUGUGUUUGUGCUUGUAACCCAAGCAAACCAGGCAGGCAGAUGAUGUUUCUAGCAGGUGCGCAGGGUUUUGUAGGUGGUUUGGUCGUGGAAAGACAAUUUUGAAGGUGGCGUUGCGGGGUGUAGGGUAGCGUCUCGUUGGUCGAUAAGAGGGAGAGGCGAAACAAAAGAGGGUGAAGAUUUGCUUCCAUUUACUUCGCUUAUACAACAUGGGAAUGCAGAACACAUGAAAAUUCGUUUUGUGUCGCUGUCACCUGUCUGCAACCGUGGGCGAAAGAGCAAGACUCG